AUGGAUGCGAGCCCUCAACAUAGUCAGACAAUCCUUCUCGAGAAUUUACCUUCCGAGUUGCUUCGAAGAAUCGUCGACUUCUGUGCCGAAUCUGCUGCGAAUGGCCGAAUAACUCUGCACAAUCUGUCCGUCUUGAAUAAGUUCCUCGGAAACGUGACAGCAGCCAGACUGUUCGACCGAGUUUGCUUCCAAGACGCCCCGAGCUCUCGAGGUGACGAGAUCCUUCAAUCUAUCAGAGAAUUCAAUGCUGUUCCGGGGCUGUGGUGUCACGUUCGAGCCGUUGUGCCUCGUCUGAAUCGCCACAGACGUUUAACCGCAGACAUUAACAAGCUUGCGGAACCAUAUCACUAUCUAGUCCUGGUCAGAUUCUUUGAAACUCUUGGAAAGAUGCCAUAUGUCAAAGACUUACACAUGUAUCUGGACGGCGAGCCAGGUUUGGACAACUGGGAGGUCUGCAGUGGCUCAUUUGGGCUAUCAAUCAGUAACCUUGAUUGGCUUCAGGCUUUUCCUAAGCUCGAGGUCUUCAGUCUCGAUGGAUACAGAGGAGGUACUGAUCUACUUCGUGAUUCAUUCGAACGAGGCGAGUUGCGUCCACCUAGCGCGUCGACUUUGAGGCAACUGAGAAUUGUCAGAACUUCAUCGGACGCUCGCUUGGGCUUUUGCUCACUGGCGUGGAAGAAAUCGGAAGCUUUGAGACUCAGCUGGCUCAUUGACCACCUGCCACAUCUUGAGCAUCUUUCUGUUAUCGGAGAGUUGGGUGGUGGCUUCCCGGUUUCGGUUGUGUUGAACAACCUCCACAGUUCGACACUCAAGUACAUUGACGUCACCGAUGAGCAAGUACCAGAAGAGCGCCGCCGAUCCCACGCAUAUGUUGUACAGGCGUCGUCAUGGCCGGAAGCGCUCCCCGUAGCACAGCCCAGCCGCCGCCUCUCCUACAUCGCCGACCAGGCACACCAGCACCAGCUGAACGAGAAUCGCGCCGAACUAGCCAGGCAGACCUUCCGCCGCAUGUCCCAAUUGAGACGCAUCUGUUUCGUGCGAUCAUCGGUUGGAGAAGUCUUCUUACGAAAUUACUAUGACACCGUAGCAGAUUCGACAGGAAGCAUAUAUGAUAGGGUCAAAUACGCCGAUCUGGGCGACAUCCCGAAAGCAUGGCACCAUGGCGUUCCCCAGACGACUUUGUUGCCUUACCCUGGAUAUACUGCAUGGGAAGGUAUCGAUGAGGGAAACAUGAGCUUGGUUUCCCCACAAUUGACAACAGAGACUGGAUUCGGCAUAGGACACGAAGAUGGCCGCCUAAAUGAAGCUCUCUUAGUAAGCUCUGCACGGAUGUGCGGCAAGGAUGGAGACAACUUGGUCUAG